AUGCAUGCUAGUACCGAAAAUACUUCAAGAACUCAUCCCUAUAUUUGUGUCGUGUUAAGUCAACUCAAUUCCAAUCAACACCAUUUAUUUAAUUUAUACAAGUACAAUGAACGUUUAAAGAGUUAUGUGAACACCAAUCCUAGAGAGUUUUUAAAAUCUCGAGAAGAUCAACGUUUGAGAGAAACGAAUACGGAACAAGAAUUAUCGGAAAUCAAUGAAUUCCUGGAUGGAAUUCUUGAAACAAGAUGUAUUCAAUUGUUGGGAGUAUAUUUGAAGCAAAUUGGAAAGAUUGGUAGAAUUCGUGAAGAAGAUGUCAUGAAUGAUGAUAAUGAUGAACGGAAUAGAGUGAAUCGACAAUUGCCAUCUUUGAAAAUGUUUUUAUGGAACAUGUGGUUUCAACAAUAUCCGUUAGGUGACAGGAAUAAGGACUUGUCAGGAUUUGAGCAUUGUGUGGUUGGAGAGAAGAAUGGGCAGAAAGUGUCGGGCUAUCAUUAUUGGUUUAAGUACUAUUAUGACGACUCUGUUUACAAUGAAAGUGAAUUCGAUUCCAUCUCUGCCAGUGUAAGAAAAGAUGAACAACUCACUCCCGAUUUUGUUCAAGUUCAAUUCAAUAAGGCUGUUCCAAACGAUCCUUAUCAUUUCUCACAAGGUCGAAAGAAAUCAUUUUGGGUAGGGCUUUCACCUGAAUGUUAUAUUGCCAUCUUGACGUUGGCUCAAGUGAUUAAUUCCUCUCCUUCGCACAGACAUAUUCUUGAUGAAAUUCCAGUUCAUGGAAGUUGGUAUCGAAUUGUCGUUCAGUCGGCUGUUGACAAUGAAACAGGAGAGGUGUAUUUGAGAAGUGUCUAUCCAGAGUUUAGAGGAUUGAUCUUAAUUAGUGGACCUUAA